AUGAAUAGCGAUUCCAUUUCCCGAGUGUUUGAAUAUUUGAACAAAAGAGACGAGUGUCCCACAGACAAUGAUUAUAAUGGGAAUAUUGGAACAAGAGUCUCCUCCAUUUUUGUCAUCAUGGUAACUAGUGCCAUUGGAACGUUGCUUCCCUUAUUAUCAUCAAAGUAUUCAUUCAUCCGAUUACCGCCUAUGGUAUACUUUAUAUGUAAAUAUUUUGGGUCUGGAGUAAUUGUUGCUACAGCAUUUAUACAUUUACUUGAACCAGCAGCAGAUUCUCUUGGAAAUGAAUGUCUUACUGGUCCAAUAACAGAUUACCCAUGGGCAUUCGGUAUCUGUUUAAUGACAUUGUUCUUAUUGUUUUUCUUUGAAUUACUUGCAUACCAGGGUAUCGAUAGAAAAAUCGCCAAAGAAUCACAACUUGAUAAUCAAGGGGCCCAUACACAUUCACAUUUCGGAGAUGCAUCCAUGUACGUCAAAAAAGACGAUGUAGAAGAAGACCUCGAGAAUCAAGAUGAAAAGAACACCGAUUCCAAUCCAUAUCCAUCUCAUUUUGCCCAUGCACAAGAGCAUCAAGAUCCAGACGUCAUGGGAACAGCCGUCAACGAUCAAUCCAAGGAGCAGUAUUAUGGUCAGUUAAUUGGAGUUUUUGUUUUGGAGUUUGGAGUUAUGUUUCACUCAGUAUUCAUAGGUCUUGCUUUGGCAGUUUCUGGUGAUGAGUUCAAAAGUUUAUACAUUGUCUUGGUUUUCCAUCAAAUGUUUGAAGGGUUAGGUUUAGGAACUAGGAUUGCAACUACCAACUGGUCAAGACACAGAUAUACACCAUGGAUUUUGGCAAUUUGUUAUACUUUGUGCACACCAAUUGCUAUUGCUGUUGGCCUAGGAGUUAGAAAAUCCUAUCCACCAGGUUCCAGAAGGGCAUUGAUAACUAAUGGGGUGUUUGAUUCUAUAUCUGCUGGUAUUUUACUUUAUACUGGUAUUGUAGAAUUAAUGGCACACGAAUUCUUAUACUCAGGUGAAUUCAAGGGUCCUGGAGGAUUCAAGAAUAUGUUGUUAGCAUACUUUGUCAUGUGCUGGGGUGCUGGUCUUAUGGCUUUGUUAGGUAAGUGGGCUUGA